AUGGCGAGUGAUCUUAAGCUUGUUCAAUAUAACUACAACCCAAAGCCAUCAGCUCUCUUGAGCUCUUUCUUCAUGUCGACAGUAAACGUGGCUGGAAAAACACUUGUUUCUGUGGCAUCAAAGUUAAAAAUUUUUAUAAUUGCAUUAAUGAAUGAGAUACCAGCAACGUCAAGAAAAUAGCAAUUUGCAAUGGCAAUGGCUGUCAAGAUCAUGAAUGGAAACUUCAGAGAUGGCCAUAUGGAACUUGCAGAAGUCAAUCGGAUGGCUCUUUCUUCCGCAUGUGCACGCUCAAAUGAUUCUUCAUCAACUUGGACUCCACGUGUCAUUAGGUCACUUCCAUUAGGGUCCUACAUUGCAUCUUAUUUUAAGGGCACGAGUAAUUGUUUGAGUGCUUUGGAGAAGCAGAGGCCGCGGAGUGCUGGUUUUGAAGAGGCGGAUGAUGUGGUGGCAGAGAAAUUGGCACGGGAACUUCUUUGGAUAACUAAUAAACUUAGGGAUUAUGGAGCUGUGGAUGAAGCUCUGUUGCAAUUGAGUUAUGCUUCUGGUCUUGCUUCUCUUGCGCUCAGUACUGCUAACCCUAGGGUUCAAGGUUACAUCGCCAAGAUCUCAGGAAUUUGUUUCCAUUCAUUAAAAAAUUAUUACCGCAACUUUUUUCAUGUUAUAUAUUAUACUCGCAAUGAGAUAGAUGUCAUUCAUGAGAACCUUAUAAUAAUUUGA